UGCUUCUCCUCAACGUUCGGUAGCACAAAAAACAAUGCUACAAUUUCAUCACAGCCGGCCCAUCACGGACAUAUCACGGUCGUCGAUUUAGUCAAAAGUAGAGCAGUCAUUAGGAUCAAGGGCCUGGAUCAGAGAGAGGUGUCACAGGUGCUGAGCUGUGACGCCUGCCUUUCCACCACAGAAACAUGAGAGAAUAGGGCUCUGUUGUGCACUGUACACUUGGGAGUUGCAGUUUUAGAGAGAGAAAGUAGAGAGAGAGAGUGUGUGUGUGUGUGAGAGAGAGUUCCAGAUGCUCUGCGAAUGGGGAAGUUUUCAGUACAGCAGCGGCUGCACCAGCAGAAUGAGGAUGAGGUCGUUUCCCGCUUCUUCUGCCGGACAUGUUCGGUGGGAAUCGUUCGGAUUCGUCAGGAGUUCGAUCUCAAAUGCGUCGUCGUUUUGUUGCUGACCCUCUCUGUCUUUGUCUGCGCCUUGUUCUGGGCUCUUCCUCUCCGCUCUGUCAAAACUGAGUUUGAUGCAAAAGAUUCGAUUAAGCUCGGUGCUACGGUUCAAGCAUGCUUCAAACUGCAAAAGCCAGUUUCGUUGCUUAUUCCACACAUUCGAAGAUUAGAGUAUGAUAUCUCAGGGGAAAUAGGUGUCCCAUAUACAAAGGUGGUUGCUCUAUCAAUGCACCAGGCAGGUGCUUCUAACUGGACUGAUGUGGUGUUUGGUGUUCUUUCGGAUCCAAUAAAUGUUCCAAUAAAUCCAGUGUCUCUUAGUGUGCUCAGAUCAUCUUUAAUUGAGCUGUUCCUUCAGCAAUCCAAUCUAACUUUGACAACAUCAAUUUUCGGGCAGUCAUCUAUGUUUGAACUUCUAAAGUUUCAAGGCGGAAUCACUGUAAUCCCUCUACAAUCUACUUCCAUUUGGCAGAUACCACAGGUCCUAUUUAACUUUACUCUCCUGAAUUCUAUAUCGGAGAUACAGGACAAGUUGGCUCAGCUUAAGGAACAGUUGAAAGUUGGAUUGCAUCUGAGGCCUUAUGAGAAUGUUUAUUUGCAGAUAACAAAUGUAAUUGGCUCAACAGUAGACCCACCAGUUACAGUUCAGGCUUCAAUUAUGUCAGAUUUUGGGAUUCUUUUGCCGCAGAGAUUGAAGCAGUUGGCUCAAACAAUUACGGGCUCCCCUUCAAAGAAUCUUGGCCUGGAUAACUCAGUCUUUGGUACAGUUAAGGGAGUUAGUUUAUCUUCUUAUUUGGCGGAUACGCUUCAUGCAACCCCUCCUACUCCUUCUCCAGCUCCAUCUCCAGAACCACAUGAUUAUGCAGGACCAUCUCCUUCCCCAUAUGCCAAUCUUUCUCCAUCAUAUCCCCCAGUUCUGUCACCUGACACCCAUCAUGCCUCACCUUGUUCUAACUGCAAUGCUUUCCCCCCAUCUGCACCAAGCCCUGACGAGGGGCCUUCUCAUUCUUUCCCUCCCAUUUCAAUGUCUCCUUUGCCUUCAGCUGUUUCACCUCGUGCCAGUUCUCCUUACCCACCUCCCCUGGUUCCUAGGACACAGUUGUCCCCUAAUCUGUCACCUUCACCAACAGUAUCAUCUGACACCAGUCAAGACCAGGACAAAGGAACUGGGAAACACAUUGUAUCUCCACCGUCCUUAUACUCAGCAUCAUCAUCAUCUUUUGCAGGUUCAUCCAACAAGAUCUGGUUAUUCGUUUUCUCUGGACUAGUCGUGUCUCAUUACCUCUUAUGGUUGCAUAUAUAGUUCAUCUCCGCACCAAACAAAUUCAAAACACUUUGACAGCAUACUGAUGUUGAGUAACCAGUUUUGUUAUGGAUUAGGAUGGUAAAAGCUCCUGUGAAAGCUUUGGUUGGUUUUUUCUUUCUCCAGCAAGAGAGUUUGUACAUGAAUCCAAAGAUGAAUUCCAGGUCAAAGCCAAAAGGGCAGGCCUCUCAUCUUUGUUCUACAUCUGCGAUGGCACAAGAGACCGGGAGACACACUACCAUAGGAGUUACUCCAAGAGAAGGUGUGACUGGUAAUGAAAUGAAGACUGCCUUGCAGAUUUCAGAAGAAUGAUAGUAAUCCAAGUGUAAGAUAUGCAGGUUUUUUUUGUCUUUUUUCCUUUUUUUUUUUUUUAGCAAAAAAAUAAAAAUAAAAGAGAACAAAAGAAGAAAGAAAGAAAGAAGAAAAAGAAGCAGAGUUGGGUUAAAACUGAUGUCAUACAGAACUUUAUACAUCUUUAUGUGAAUUCAGCAGAUGUUGAAUUUUA